AUGGACGUAAAGCAACUGAAGCUCUCCUCGCCGAAUGGGAAGUUUGUGACCCCUUCGACGCAGCAGCUGCGAUCCCUCGUGCUCGACUACCUGUGCCACAGUUGUUACACGGGUACGGCAAGAGCGUUUGCGCAGGACAGUACAGUCCGCCAUCUGGAUGCUGACGGCGAUGAGAUGGUCGCUCGUCGAGAAGACGAGCGGGACAGUACUGGCGUGACUGAGGAAGAUCUAAAGCAGGUCGAGAUCAGAAGAGAAAUUCAGACAAGUAUUCUCUCUGGUAGUGUCGACACAGCGAGAAGCCUCCUCCAGAAACACUUUCCAGAUGUUCUCUCGCCGCCGCCGCUUUGGUCAAAUGCGCCCAUCAAACCCCGCUCUUCACCAGACACUAUACAGUCGAUCCUUCCCUUUUCUGUGGACCCCAUGCAGCUCGACCUGAACCUCCGCAUCCUAGCUUUUCUCGAAACAUCACGCACAAUACCCCUUGAAUACCCUCCGCGACACCCUUCUCAACCCAGCACCGACAUCACCAUGGACGAUGCGUCAUCCCCUUCACGGCCGUCAACACCUGCCACUUCUAACAUACGCGAACCCUUACACAAUGCAGACUCGGACGAACAUCUCUCUCAAUUAUUCCAGCUGGCUCGCGAACUGUACGAAUGCGCUGAGAACCUCAACGACCCCGCCGACCGCGUCUCCUACCAAAAAGAGUUGUCGGUCAUCACCAGCGUCAUGGCGUACAAGGAUCCGGAACAUAGUCACCUAGCGAAGUAUUAUACCCAGGCUCGAAGGGAACAAGUCGCGGAACAAAUCAACAGUGCCAUCUUGCAUAAAAAUGGUGGUUCGCCUAUAUCGUCCCUGGAGCUAUAUGUACGCUACACUACGACCAUGUUGAACACUCUGAACGAUCUUCACGUCAAAGUUCCGUCGACGAGCAGUCUACCCUCCGGCCUUCGAUUGGCUCGUCAUCAUAGUGGCAUCAGCUCUGUCGCACCCACAGCGAAGGUGGCCGGUGUCGACAAGGAUGUGUCUGAGGUAUAUUCCCCUUGA